AAUUCACACGACCCGAACCCCUUUCGCACACAAUCCCGAUUAGGCAUAAAUUGUGUUUGUUUAUGUUUUCGGACACUAUCUAUCUUCUAAAUUUAACCUGGCAGUGUAAUUACUAGAGAAGGGACCAAGAUACUUACAGCUCGUUUAACUACACCAGGCAGGACUACCGCAGUUAGUGACUACAUAUUCAUAUUUUUUUCCAGCUAGACUAAUUCAGACCAAACAGGUAUAAAUCCGAAAUUGAAGGUAAGCCAAAUUUCAUAUUGCAUUAACGAGAAUGUCGAAGAGAAGUUCGAUUAUCGGUAAAUCUCCAAGAGAUGAAUCCUUAGCUACAUUUAAUAAUCCAUACGAAAGAAGACUGUCAUUUUUAGAGAAACUGCCUCAAUUACCUCAGAAUCAAUUUGCAUCACAAGAUGAAAAAUCACUUAAAGUCAUUAUUAAUGAUGAUCCCGUAAUACCUCAAUAUCAAUUACAAAGUCAAUUCACUAAGAAUACUCAAUAUAAUUGUAAAUUUGUAGUUGUUGGUGAUGGUGGUUGUGGUAAAACAAGUUUACUUAUAUCUUAUACUCAGCAAAAGUUUCCUGAAGUUUAUGUUCCCACAAUCUUUGAAAAUUAUGUUACGAAUAUAUUAGCUCCUAAUGGUAAAAAUAUUGAAUUGGCUUUAUGGGAUACAGCAGGUCAAGAAGAAUAUGAUAGAUUAAGACCAUUAAGUUACCCAAAUGCAGAUAUAAUUUUAAUUUGUUUUGCAUUAAACAAUAUGAUUUCUUUACAAAAUGUUAAGGAUAUUUGGUAUCCUGAAGUUAAUCAUUUUUGUCCUGGUAUUCCAAUUUUAUUGGUAGGUACAAAGAGUGAUUUAAUAUCUGAUGUUAAUGCUGAUCUUGCUAUUCAAGUUGCUACUGAAAUAGGAGCAAUUGGAUUUAUUGAAUGUAGUGCCAAAAAUAUGUUUAAUACCAAGACAGUAUUUAAUUUUGCAUUAAACCAUUUUCAAAAAUUGAAAGAAUUACAGGAACAAUAUGAUAAAACCAACAAAAACAGAUUAUCCAAAGUAUUUAAUGGUCAUUCACGUAAUUCAUCAGCAGCUUCAAGAAAGGGUCAUUACAAGAAUAUGUCAUAUGAUUCGACUCGUUACAAUCCCGUACAUGAACAUGAUGAUGACGUUAAUCAAUUCACUAAUCCGUAUGAGAACCCGAAUAAGUAUCACAAUGAAGAGUUUACAUUUACCAGAGAUGAAAAGAAAAAGAGAAAAUGUAUCAUCUUAUGAAUGAAUCUAAGCCCUAUCGCACUUAUAUAGUAUAGUCUUUAUUCAGCAUUAAUCUUUUUAUAGAUUCUCUAGAUCACAAUUACAGUUUAAUUCUUAUUACUCCCAUUUUAGAACUCUAUUGAUUUUUUUUCCUUCUCUCUCAGUUUAUACAUUCACUAUUUGCAAACUUGUCGUUAUAUAUAGAAUAUAAAUUUGAACUUCCA